CUGAUAGUCGUUACCCUUUCCCCUUCACGACUUCGCUCCAGCACGGCGGCGCCGCCUCUCUUCUUCUUCGUAACUUGAUCAGCUGCCGUCGUCUCCAACCGCCUGCAGUCGCAUUAGAAUUAUCUCGUUUUUCAUCAAAACUGCUGGAAUUCACGGUUAAGAGCUAUGGAGGGAGGCGAUGAUGGAGUGGAGAGACUGGUUGACUCUAAAGACAUGCAGCAGCAGAGCAAAGCUCUCGAUAAACUCACCGAUCGGGUUGAGGAUCGGCAACUUGACUCUACUCGAGUCCAGGAGGCUAUGGCUUCCAUUGCUGCUUCAAAAGAAGCCGAUCUUCAAGCUGCCAGAUUGAGGGAGAAAGAGUUGGCUGCUGUUAAGAUUAAUACCGCCGAUGUUGAAAUCAUUGCAAAUGAACUGGAGUUGGACAAGAAAGUCGCCGAAAGGACAUUGAGAGAGCACAAAGGCGACGCAGUUGCAGCCAUUAGAUCAUUGCUUUACUAACAAUCUCGAGCAAAACACGCACAUGGAAUCCAUGUGGAUCUGAGUUUUUGGAAAUUACUUUCGGAUUCUGUGGUUGGUUUGUUAGCAUAAGAACAUCAAACCCGAAAUCUUUUUUCACUUUUUUCCAUUGCAGUGAUGAUUGAGUAGUGUUAAGUUCCAUAAUCCGUAUUCGCUUGAUUAUUGUAUUGAUAUCGGAAGACUAAUCCAUUGCAGGCUGGCCUGUAUCAUCGACAAAGAAUCUCUGUAAGAUUCGAUCGACUUCACAAAGGGAAUAGUUUUGUCUGCUCCAGGUACAUGUUAUAAAACCGUAAAAUUGUUUAUAACUCACGUGUGAUUUGGGAUA